CUAUAAGACCGCUCAAUUUCCAGUUUGAAAAAUUUGCCCACUUUGCUGGCUGCUCCUAAAUCCUCCUCUUCUUCUUCUUCUUUUAUCAUUUGCAGUGGAAAAAACUCCAUUUCUCCCUCUGCUGCCAAUCAAGGACAGUUUUUUUAAGUUGAAACGAUUCAAAAUGCCGGAAUCCAGAGACAGAUUGUCGAGGGCCAUUGACAUAGCUGCCUUAUUCGCUCGUAGAAGGUCAGGGAUUGUUGGGUUUUAUGAAGACCAGCAAGACCUUGAAAGGGCCUUCUUUGGAUCUCCGAGUGGUCCACCAAUGGUAGCUAAUCGAACAAGGGCCGUAGGCAUGAGUCCUAUUGGCCGUGGAAGGGGCGGUUCGGGCACUCCAAGAGGCCAGACUGGGCGUGGCAGGAAUAUUUACAGAACGCAGGCUAUAGGUAGAGAGAAUACGCCAAUUGGGAGUGUGAGGCGGGGAAAUGGAAGUGGAAGAGGUCGUGCCUCGAACAGUGUCUUACCUUCUUGGUACCCGAGAACCCCUCUUCGAGAUAUCACUGCUAUUGUCAGGGCAAUUGAAAGGAGAAGGGAAAUUUUGGGAGUAGGCAGGGCCCAAGAAAUUGAGAGCUCAGUGCCCCGCUCUUAUGGUGUUCUUGACUCUUCUGAAGAAUCGCCAGAUGCUCAUCUCGAACGCAGUAACACUAUCAUGUCUCCAAUACCAAGUCUUGAACUGAAGCCCUGUCCUCCUACGGUGGGCAAAAUUCCAAGAAUUCUGCUUGAUAUUACAAAUCAAUCCUCCGAAGAUUCUUUGCUUACACCUCAAAAGAAGCUCCUGAACUCAAUUGACACAGUCGAGAAAGAAGUGAUUGAGGAACUUCAGAAACUGAAGAGGUCUGCUAGUGCUAAGAAGGCAGAGAGAGACAAAAAGGUUCGUACUCUUAUGUCAAUGAGGUAACCAAUCAUCUUCUGAUGAUAGUUACGUCUUUUACAGCAAAACAUAGGAGGACAAUAUGUGGAAUAAGAAAGCAGGGCCCUUGACGACGCACCUGUGCAGUGAGAUUGAUCAUCUACUGGUGAUAGCUUGUGCACAUUGAGAUUAAUCAUCUUCUGAUGAUAUCGUUUUUAGAGUUUUGAACUUCAGUUAUUAGCAGAGGGCUCUUAAUUUUUUGAUUGUUUACUGGUUGCUCUUCUCUUCCCGCUGAAGGCCGAGGUUCAUAUAGGAUGAAUUAGCAGUUUGCUAGAUAUGAUCAUUGCUGAAGGUCUAGUGUAGGAUUGGCGGCAACCUUAUUGUUGUUUCCUUCAAUCUCUUGAAGGUUUUUUCCUUGUUACCUUCUUUCUCUUGAAGGCGUGUAGGAUAAGUACGUUAUAUGUUUUUUCUGAUGUACAUAAAGGCUAGAUUAAAGCCAA